UCUGUGAAGUAUUUAAAAGACCACGACCUUCGGCAGAAGUAGUCAGUGAGUGCUCGUCAACCACGCGCGACGUCCAUCAUGAAGUUACUAUUAUGCAUAUGUUUUCUAUCCAUCGCCGUCUCAGCGAUGGCAGAGCAAGAUGUGGACCAAAUCCUUCAAGAUGGCAACAAUAAAUUUACGGCGAAAAUGUUCAAUGAAGUAGCAAACGCUAAUAAAGAGAAAAGCAUUGUUCUAUCGGCGUACUCUGUUAUGCCGCCUCUUGCGCAGCUGGCUCUAGCUUCAGUCGGUGAAUCGCACGAUGAACUUCUUAAUGCUAUCGGAAUGCCUAAUGAUAACGUGACCAAAGCUGCUUUUAGCUCCGCUAAUUCAAAACUGAGGUCAACGAAAGGAGUGACACUGCAAACAGCUAGUAAAAUUUACGUUGCUCAAAAUUAUGAAUUGAAUAAUGAGUUUGCUGCUGUCUCGAGAGAUACUUUUGGUUCUGAGGUUAAAAAUGUCGACUUUAGCAAGAAUGCAGAAGUUGCUGCCGAAGUCAAUGCUUGGGUAGAAGAUCAAACAAAUCAUCGCAUCAAAGAUUUAGUAGACCCAGACGCUUUAACACCUGAUACGAAAGCUCUAUUGGUCAACGCCAUUUACUUCAAGGGUACUUGGAAAAUUCCCUUCCAAACAUAUGCAACUAGAGAUAAAGAUUUCCAUGUAACUAAAAACAAAGUGAUCAAAGUCCCUACCAUGUACAACAAAGAUACUUAUAAUUAUACAGAAAGCAAGGAGCUGAACGCACAAAUUCUUGAAAUUCCUUAUGAAGGAGAUGAAGCAUCUUGCGUUUUUGUGUUACCUCGUGAAGUAGAUGGCAUUGACGAGUUGGCAGAAAAGCUAAGAGAUCCAACAGCACUCGACAAAGCAAUGAGUAAUAUGCAUGAAAUAGAUAUUGAAGUUUACCUCCCUAAGUUUAAGAUCGAAACUACCACGGAUCUCAAAGACAUUCUUCAGAAGAUGGAAAUUCAGAGAUUGUUUUCUCCAAAGAAUGCCAGAUUAGACAACCUUUUGAAACAUAACAGUAAUCUAUACAUAGAUUCAGCUUUACAAAAAGCCUUUAUUGAAAUUAACGAAGAAGGUGCUGAAGCAGCCGCUGCAAACGUUUUCGGCAUAAGCUACGCUACUUCGGCAAUUUUACCUAAAUUCUAUCAACUUUUCAUGGCUGAUAGGCCAUUUUACUUUGCAGUGAAAUCCAAAUCUUUAACUCUAUUCAACGGAGUACUACACGGUGUCUAAACUACUAUUAUUUUAGUAUUUACCUCGUUGAUUUUUCAUUUAAAUGUAAUAAAGAACUGCAAUUAAAUUGUAACAUAUCGAAUUCUUCUAUUUAGCAAGCUUAAAUAUAUUAGUUAUCUGUGUUUAUGCAAUUUGAACAAAGUUCCAUAAUUUAUUUAAAUUAUCAUGUCUGUAUGUUGUUUACAUAUUUGUUAAAAAAAAAAAAACUAUCUUUUCGCCACUGUAAUGUAUGUGUGUAAAUGCUUAUUUAAUAAAAAGUUUUUUUAUUGAUA